AUGUCCGAUUCCCUUCAAAACUUGAGCUCAGAAGCUAUGUCUUCGAACCCAACAAAUUCUGUGCAGGAUGGUACUACUGAACCAGAUUUCCCAUUGUUUAGGCAACUCCCGAAAGAAAUCAGAUUCAUGAUAUGGAAAUUGGCAGCUACCAAUCAAGCACGUCGAGUGGAAAUUACUGACAAUGAGUUCCAUAUGGAGAUCUCAUCACCUCCCACUCUGUUUGCUGACUUCGAAAGUGAAUUUAUAUCCAAGGAGGUUCUCAGCAAGAUUUUUGAUGGCCAAACAUUUACAGGCAAGACGCAUGAAAUAUAUUUCUGUCCAGAAAAAGAUACAAUUGCUUUCAAAGAUAUCCGAGAUUUCAGUUUUCCACAAGAUAGACUUAUCCAUGGGCCACCAAACAAGGCCUAUAAGUUUCCUUCACAGCCAGAGUGCGACUCGGUCAGAAUUCUUGAGCUGGAAGAAGACCUUGGGAUGUGGAUGUACAAUGCCGUUCAUUUUGGAUCCUUGGAUGAGUUAAUCCUCCGUACCGUUAAUUGUCCUGACGAUCGUCGUGAUCGCGUUUUUCUUGAAGCUACGCAAUACUAUCAAGACAAGCUGGCGCACGGAAAUUGCACCAAAGUCCCUAAAAUCACGAUUCGUCUUGAACAGGGCUUGGAAAUCAGAAAACAUAGUUCAGUCAUAAUGCAAGACAUAUAG